CUUUUCGAUUUUUCGUUUCCGGCGUAAUACUGCUGGCGAAUCUUUCCCGUGUUUAACACACCGACAACAACAGCAAAAUGGCCAAGCGCACCAAGAAGGUUGGAAUCGUUGGUAAAUAUGGUACCCGUUAUGGUGCCUCCCUGCGUAAGAUGGUCAAGAAGAUGGAAAUCACCCAGCACAGCAAGUACACUUGCUCCUUCUGCGGCAAGGACUCCAUGAAGCGCGCCGUUGUGGGCAUCUGGUCCUGCAAGCGCUGCAAGCGGACCGUCGCCGGUGGCGCCUGGGUGUACUCCACCACCGCCGCCGCCUCUGUGCGAUCCGCUGUCCGUCGUCUGCGCGAAACCAAGGAACAGUAAACAUAAACGGAUCAUUAAUGAUGGAACCAUCUAUUUGAAUGCUCCGCUAUGCUAGCUCCCGUAGUUUUAAUCUGACAACGCGAUUUUCCUGUGGUUUGCGCCGUGCCGGUCAUGUGAAAAUAAAAAAAAUGUUUUUUACUUUUAACAGUA